CAGACUGUCAUCACAGACCAGAUCGCAUCCAGCAACCGCUGACCAACCAGGCCACUGACCAACCAGCAGACCCUCACCAUUCUCCAGCUGUCCGGUUUCAGCAGUCAUGGCGUCUCCUGCUCUGCUGUUCCUGCUGUUGGUGUCGUCCUCCCUCCUCCUCUCCACCAUGACCGUCUCUUCGUCUUCCAACCGGAAUCAACUGCAGAAAACUCCAGAGAAAUUAGAAAAACUCAAAGAAGAUGCUAAAAAGGCAGGCAAAGUUAUUCUUGAAAACAUUGACACAAUCAGAUUGGCGGUCACCCCUUUUCUGUCGCUGAUACCAGUGUGCGGGCCACUCAUAAAAAUUAUUGUCGAUGCAGCACUUUUGGGAUUGUCGAAAGCAAACACAAACCCAGUAUUAGGUGCUAUCAAGUCUGAAUUUGAUAGUCUUAACUCCAAGCUUGACAAAUAUCAUGGAGAGCUGAAAUGGGACACCUGGGCAAGUAGCGCCUUCCACAAGCCAGAAAAGAAUAUCGAGGUAGCCUGGAGCAGGUAUGAAACAUUAGUGCCGAGUCUUGUAAAAGAAACAGACGAGCAAAAGAGAGAAAUGCUUAAACGAGAAAUUAUCAGUGUCUGUUCUAAGAGCCAAGACGCCCCUGAGACCUUGCGCAAAUACCUGACAGCUCAAGGAACAACUCUCAUAGAAAACCUCGGAAAGAUGCUGGCUGAUCAUGUUAAAUGUCAUGAGAAAGAUAUCAGAGAAUUUACCGUGUUCAUUGCUAAACUCAUCUACAAAGGCAAUACGUUAAAUCAAUUAUGCUACAACCUCAAGAACAUAGCCUCCAAAGACAUUGUUACUCAGGAAGCUCAGAUUGCAUACGACUCUGCAUCAGUAAUGUUCCAAAUCCACAAAAACUGCAUUUCUCACAGUAUGAAAUACGUUAUAACAGAUGUGAAGGGGCUCAUUGAUAACACCAAAAACCGGCAAGAAUUAGCAAAGACAAUCAGGUCUUUCUUAUCAGAGGCGUAUGACAGGUAUGAGUGGAUGGUUGUAGCAUUUAUAACCAAAAACUCCGCCCAUAAACGAAGCAAAUCCCUGAACAAACACGUCCUGACGGGAUUUACUGAUGUGCCAAAAGGUGAUGUCACUGUGUCUGUAGCCAGACAGGUGAAAGGGACUUACACACAGGCAGGUAAAGUUAAACAAGCCAUCAAAAGCUGCAUUAGUUGGUCAGUUGUGUGUUACAAGGUAGAAAAAACACUCAGAGAAUGUCAGCAACAUGUGGACAGACUUCAAGUAUCUCAGACUUACACAGCAAUACAUGCCUAUAGAAGAAAUGGUCAUGACAGCUACGAUGCAAAGGAAGAUGAAGUGUACGCCGACCCUGAGAACCCUUCAGCUAAAGCUCCUUACAUCUAUACAGGGGAGUGUCAGAAAUCUCGAAGUGCGAAAGGUGGCAAGUUUGUGGUUAUGAUUAAAAGUGAUGAAGAGAUGAUGACUAGAGAUCCCUGCUCCAAGCUCAACUGUGGAGGUCCGCAAAGAGGAACAUGUUUUUGGAUGGUAGACACCUUUGUAGCGAUGUGUGAGUGCAAGCAACCGUACUAUGGCAAAAACUGUGAGCAGAGCUUAGAGGAUUAUAAGAGAGCCUUAGAGAGCGCCACUGAUAAAGCUUUACAGGGAAAUCCCAAGCCAGUGAUGGUUGACAGGAGAAGAAGAUAUGGCUAAUGAUUCAGACUGGGGUCAAGAAAUUUCAUGAAAUGAGCUCCUUGUCUUUAACAGACCCUCCAACAUUGUGUUCAGUCUUUGACUUCUCACCUAAUAUUCUGACUGAAUGUGCGUUUAGUUUCCCCUUGUUGCUCAGUGUUAAACAGCCUACUUGUUAGCCUAAUUGUAAGCAGUUGCUGUAAACACAAUCUUUAGUUAUCCUGGAACAAACAGACUUUGACAUUUAACAUGACACAAACAGGCUUUGAGCUCCGCUGUGAUCUAAUCUGAACAUUAUUCCCGUCCAUCCAACAACAAAAAGAGUUCAUUUCAUGAAACUUACUGACUCUUCUGUUAGCUAGCUUGGUGUUGGUGUUUCUGACUGCAGCAACUGAUGAUGUAAAUACUUAAUGAAUGACAUCGGUCAAUACAACUGUGAGGAACUCUAGCUUUAGUAUCUUUAUACAUGUUGUAAAUGCUCCACAAUUUACAUGUUCAAUACAUGUUUACUUACAAGUUAUUGCAUCAUCAGUUGCAUGGCAGAGUUGAGCUGUAACGCAAACCGCUAAGAGAGCCUCUGUCCACAGACUGGAGGGAUUACAUUUCAUUCACAACCUCGAUCCAUUUCUGUCAACACAAUGUGCUGAAAUGUAUCCAUGAAAUGUGUGAAAAUGUAAAUUACAGUGACAUUUGAUGUGAAAUUAUUCAAAAGUCUUCAGUGUGACCUGUGCUGAUGAUCGUGAUCACCUCUUGCCUGUCAGUGAGAUCAAGUUGGACAAAGUUUUAUCCAGUGAGAUGCUUUUUCUUCUUCAAGCCUCUGUCCUAAUUAUGCUAGUUGCUAAAUUCAA